AUGGAGCAAGAGACGCUUUUUCAUGUGGGCGCUGUGAUCAUUGAAGCGGCUGUGCUGCUGAGGCUUAGUCUUUGGCUUUCCUCCUUCGGGUUGCAUGGCCUAAGGUCCUCGGUGGAGAAGCUUCGUGCCUGGUGGGGCCGACGUGCCAAUGUGACGGAGGCCAGACAGAUGGAGCAACAGACAGCUUUGGAGUUGGACGUGUUGCGCUGCAGGGUGACGUGUCAAAUGUGGAACGUGCUUUUGGCCCUGGCACUGCUGCGCUUCGUGAGUGGGCAAGUUCUGGCAGCCUUAAGGCUUCCACGGCUCUUUCCCGAAUUCGAUGUUUCCUUCUUCUUCUUGGCCGUGGUCGGGCUCACCCUGAACUGCAAGCCCUCUUUGAUAACCCCCAAAAGCCUGGAUGCCUGGCACGUGGUGACUCACGUGAUAUGGAAUGCGUCGAUUCUGGUGGCACGGGAGAUCGACGUGCGCGAUGUGAUCCUCUUCACGUUUGCGACGCGUUUUAUGUUUCUGGUCUUGGCCAAGCGCACGUGGUGCUUCCUUCUUUGUGCACUGGUGACCUGUAGCAAUAUGGGCUUCAUGGCACUCAGGCAAGGUGAAGCCAGACUUGCGGAUGGCCAGGACUCAUUGUUUGUGAUUCUCUAUGCCCUUCUCCCCGGCUUGGUGGCUAUCGUGUUUGCCCGCAAAUUACUGGAGGAGAAUGCCACUUUGAAGCUGGACCUCAAGAGUCGGCAAGUGGAGCUUGGGGCUGUCUCGUCCUUGCUGACCGUUUGCUAUGAUGCUGUGGCGGGGUGGCCGCCCAAAACAUGCCGCAAUGCAUCACAAUACACAGAACGUGUUGAUUCCGUUUGA